AUGAUAGUCUUGAGUAUUAUUCCUGGACCAAAUAAACCAAGUAAACAUCAAAUUAAUAACUAUCUUGUACCAAUUGUUGAUGAGUUGGUCAAAUUUUCUAAAGGUAUAAAUAUUCUUGUAAUAUAUGAAUAUAAAGAAGGACAAAAGAUUUAUAUUGCAUUAAUAUUAUCAGUAAAUGAUGUUCCUGCUGCAAGAAAGAUUAGUGGUUAUACAAGUCAUGCUAUAAAAUAUCAUCAGUAUUCAAAAUAUACAAAAUAUGAUAAUAUAUCUAAGAGAAAUCACUACAGCAGUUUUGAUAAUAUAGAUGAAUGA